AUGUGGAAGGAGGAAUCGUUGGAUUUAGUGCUUGUGCCGACGGGUCUCGCCGUGAUGGUCGCUUACCAUGUCUGGCUCGGUUACGCCAUACUUCACCGUCCCAAGCUCACUGUGAUCUCUCUCAAUGCUGAAUCUAGAAGACAAUGGGUCUUCUCUAUGAUGACUGACCCUAUGAAAAACGGUGUCUUGGCGGUUCAGACCAUCCGAAACAACAUAAUGGCAUCAACCCUUUUAGCCAGUACAGCAAUCACUCUAUGUUCCAUCAUCGGUGUCUUUGUAAGCAAUUCCUCAGCUUCAAAAUCCACGAGUCUCGUAUACGGAAACAAAAGCCCUCUAUUAGCAUCAAUCAAGAACUUCACAAUCCUGAUCUGUUUCCUCAUGGCCUUUCUCUGCAACGUCCAGUCAAUCAGGUACUACGCUCACGUAAGUUUCCUGGUUACAGUGCCUGUCUCGAGAGGGAAAAAAGAACACUGCGAGUACGUGUCUAGAAACCUGAACAGAGCUAGCUAUUUCUGGUCUCUCGGGUUGAGGUCUUUCUACUUCUCCUUCCCGCUCUUCCUAUGGAGCUUUGGUCCCAUCCCGAUGUUUGUGUGCUGUUGUAUGAUGUCCUCAAUUCUAUAUUUCUUGGAUACGACCACUAGUUUCACCAGGCAUCUCCAUAGCCAGUCGUUCAGAGAAACAGCUGAUUCAAUGGACGGUGAAAUCGAAUCAGCGGUUCAUGCUCUGUAG